AUGCUAAAGCAACUACUUCAAGGGCAAGCUGAUGGGGUAGUGGACACAAGCAAGAAGCUAGCUGAAAUAAACUCUAAGAUCGAGAACCUCAACACAAGGGUUUACUCUCUGGAGAAUCAUGCUUCUUCUGUUGCUGCUGCUACAAAGCAAGGACAACUACCUGGUAAAGCUAUUCAGAACCCCAAGGAACAGUGCAAGGUCAUCUUCACUCAAGAAGGACUUGUUGAAGAAGAGGAUCAAGAAAGGGUCAUUGAAGAUUUUUGUUUACUGCUGAAUGAUGAAGAGAUUGUUGCUGCUGAGGCUCCUGGAGUCCAGAUUGAUCAACCAGAAGUGCAUGCACCUACUGUGGCCAUUCACACUUCACCAGUUGAGCUCGCACGACAAGCUCGAUCGGCAGCUCGAUCGAGUCCAACUCUAGCUCGAUCGAGUCCGACCUCUUCUGUCCGACAGCCUGUUUUGCUUGAUCCUUACCAACCGGUUGCCGCUUCCUCGUCUCGCCUACUUAGUCAAGGUCACAAGGAAGUGAUUCACAAGUUCAGAAGAGAUCUCAGUGGGAUUGGAAUUGAGUUGCCUCCUAUGGAUAGCAUGAGUGAGGCAUUUGAUCAAAUGCAAAUGGUCAAGGAUGUUCUAGCCAACAGUGAUAAAGUUUCAGAGGUCCUACAAGAGUCUACUCAUCAGUUCAACCUGCUUACUUCACCCACCUUCCUACCAAAGGUCAAAGAUCGAGGGAAAUAG